UCUGGGCACUGCAGCAGCCCCUUCUGUCCCAGCUCUAGCCUGGGACAAAGUGGUGUGCUCCGCAGACAGAAUCUCUUAACCUUUCUUCAUUCUCUGAUCGCUCUGUGUGCUCUUCCGUUUUCUUUUUUUCUUUCCUUUUUUUUUUUUUCCUUUUUAAUUAUAUUCCUAAUCCUGGAUGAAGUUGCUGGAUUCUGCAGCACAAGUCUUCAUGAACAAGCAGCCCCGCUCAGAGAUUUCACGGCAUUCAAAGGUCACAGAACUGCCACUAUGGUUAAAUGUCUUGUUUAAUGGUUGAGAGGUGUGGCGAAAUCUUGUUUGAGAACCCUGAUCAGAGUGCCAAAUGUGUUUGCAUGCUAGGAGAUGUACGACUAAGGGGUCAGACAGGGGUUCCUGCUGAACGCCGCGGCUCCUACCCAUUCAUUGACUUCCGCCUACUUAACAAUACAACAUACUCAGGGGAAAUUGGCACCAAGAAAAAGGUGAAGAGACUGUUAAGCUUUCAGAGAUACUUCCAUGCAUCGAGGCUGCUCCGUGGAAUCGUACCCCAAGCCCCUCUCCACCUGCUGGAUGAAGACUACCUGGGACAAGCGAGGCAUAUGCUCUCCAAAGUGGGAAUGUGGGAUUUUGACAUUUUCCUGUUUGAUCGCUUGACAAAUGGAAACAGCUUGGUAACACUGCUGUGCCACCUCUUCAAUGCACAUGGGCUCAUUCACCACUUCAAGUUAGACAUGGUGACCUUACACAGAUUUUUAGUCAUGGUUCAAGAAGAUUACCACAGUCAAAACCCAUAUCACAACGCUGUCCAUGCAGCAGACGUCACCCAGGCCAUGCACUGCUACUUAAAGGAGCCAAAGCUUGCCAGCUUCCUCACACCUCUGGACAUCAUGCUGGGACUACUGGCUGCAGCAGCACACGAUGUUGACCACCCUGGAGUGAACCAGCCAUUUUUGAUCAAAACUAACCACCACCUUGCCAAUUUAUAUCAGAAUAUGUCUGUGCUGGAGAAUCAUCACUGGCGAUCUACCAUUGGCAUGCUUCGAGAGUCAAGGCUUCUCGCUCACUUGCCAAAGGAAAUGACACAGGAUAUUGAGCAGCAGCUGGGCUCCUUGAUCUUAGCAACAGACAUCAACAGGCAGAAUGAAUUUUUGACCAGAUUGAAAGCUCACCUCCACAAUAAAGAUUUAAGACUGGAGGAUUCGCAUGACAGGCACUUUAUGCUUCAGAUUGCCUUGAAGUGUGCCGACAUCUGCAAUCCUUGUAGAAUCUGGGAGAUGAGCAAGCAGUGGAGUGAAAGAGUGUGUGAAGAAUUCUACCGGCAAGGUGAUCUUGAGCAGAAAUUUGAACUGGAAAUCAGUCCUCUUUGUAAUCAGCAGAAAGACUCAAUCCCUAGUAUACAAAUUGGUUUCAUGACCUACAUCGUGGAGCCCCUGUUCCAGGAAUGGGCCCGUUUUACUGGAAACAGCCCCCUGUCUGAGAACAUGCUGAGCCAUCUCGCGCACAACAAGGCCCAGUGGAAGAGCCUGUUGCACAAGCAGCCGAGGAGCAGCAGUGGAGGCCCCGAGCACGUAGGCGCGGGCACGGAGAAGGAGGCACAGACGGGGACUGCGGCCGAGGCCCAAAAGCCACCCUCCUCCUCUUUACUGGCCUCGCCCAUUUCCAACUGUACAGAAGCCAUCUGUCACCUCAGCGUUCGCUGCCGAAACGAGCAACUCCAUUCAGUAACGUGGGAGCUUGAUGCCAGGGGCAGGCUGCCACCCAAGGAGAAGAAUGAGGUGCUCCUGCCGUGUCCCCCACAGACCCUGGUCACACACACCCGGUGA